AUGUCUGGCUUCGGCGACUUCACCAACAUCUGCCACAUGGCCCCGCUGCCGUUGUGCGCAUCCAUCGGCCCCGUAACCUCCGUGACGAGCGGCGUCGGUAUCGAGCCCGACUGCUAUGCCCGCAAUAUCGAACUAGCGAACACCAUCAUUUUCGAGGGUGCUGCCAGCGCUAUGCACAUCGUUGCUCUCCUCAUGACCGUGGUCAUGAUUCUGCACAUUCGCGGCAAAUUCACUGCUGUCGGUCGCAAGGAAAUUCUCACCUUCUUCUACCUGUACAUGCUCCUCAGUUUCAUCUCACUCUGCCUUGACGCCGGCGUGGUCCCCCCCGGCUCUGCUCCGUACCCGUACUUCGUGUCAGUCCAAAACGGCUUGACGUCGGCCCUCGUCACUUGCUUGUUAAUCAACGGCUUUGUUGGAUUCCAGCUGUAUGAAGACGGCACCCCGCUUUCCAUCUGGCUUCUCCGUGUAUGCUGCGUCGUAGCAUUCGCCAUCUGCUUCCUGGUUUCGCUUGCGACCUUCAAGUCUUGGGCAGGCCUCGGCCCCACCAACACCGUCGGGCUGUUCGUCGUACUCUACCUGCUCAACGCCAUUGAGCUUUUCGUCUACGUCGCCCUCCAGAUUCUUCUUGUCGUUAGAACCCUGCAGGACCGCUGGCCGUUGGGUGACAUUGCCUUUGGUGUCUUCUUCUUCGUCGUCGGUCAGGUCAUUCUGUAUGCCGUCAGCACACAGAUUUGCACCGCCAUCAGCCACUACCUCGACGGUCUCUUCUUCGCUACGAUCUGCAACCUCUUGGGCGUUAUGAUGGUCUACAAGUACUGGGACUCGAUCACGCGAGAGGACCUCGAGUUCUCAGUUGGCACUAGGAUGAACAACUGGGAGGUCAAGGAGUUGCUGCCCGAGGAGGACCGCCGCGCGACUGUAUACGACGACCCGUAUGGCCAUGUGAGCCAGGCUAGCGGCUAUGACCACUCGUACUCCCCGUCUCCGGCGAGACACUCGGGCCGAUACUGA